AACGGGGUUCUUUCUACCACGAAUAGGGCGUAUUUGGGUCAAUCUUGAGUAGAUUGAUGUAUGGACGUAAUUGAUUCAGAACAUUGUCGAGUCGAAUUCGAAACUUGUUCGGAGCUAUGAAGCGUAAGUCGGCCCAGCUUGAUUCGCUUAGCAACUCCGCCAGUGCCGCAGUGGUGGUGGAUUUGCCCUCGCUCUCUGGGACGAAGGUUGGUAGUAAUGCCUCGACUGUUGCGGCCGGAGGAGGUCCAGGCUAUGAGCCUUUGGAUUCCGACGUCAUUCUACCCUCGGUGUUGCCUUUCAAGCGUUCACAGCUGCUAGAUCGGUACCCUAAAGGGCACAGUCGCGGUCGACAUUGGAAGCACUUAAAGCAGAUAAUUCAGGCGGAGAAUUAUCAGCUGUACCCUGCUGACGAGCCGACUUACGUAAGCAUCGAGGCGCCUCCUUCGAUGUAUCCUGCAAAGAAAUACUGUGAUAUUACUGGAUUUGAGGCGCCUUACACAGAUCCAAGAACCAAAUUAAGAUACGCCAACGCGGACAUCUUUAAGAGGAUACGGUCACUGCCAGAUGAGUUUAUUCAAGGCUACUUGGCACUUCGAAAUGCUGCUGUAAUUAUCAAGUAGCCAUAUUGGCUUUUGCAACUUGGACGGACUUGUACCACGAAAGUAGACUGGGAAUACCUGCUGUCUGUAAAGUAAUCAGUAUGGAAACUGUAAUUGGAUCAUCAUCAGCCUGCCAAAUGUCUUAUUCUUUCGGCAGGUCUGCUGCAUUGCAGAGUUAUGUUCGAGUGGUGAAGAUCUCAACAGAUGCAUCGGUGAAGAAAAUGUGCUCAACAUUAGUUUGCUUACCUCCACGCACCUUACAUUGCGUAGGCCAACUAAAUUCUGGACAUUGUUCAGGAACCAAUGGACAUGCUUUAGGUUUUAAUUGUCAUACCCCUUCUAAAAGAUUUCUUCUUAGUAGGAUACGUGCACAUACGGCCAAUUUUGUAUAUAGAUCAAGAAUCUCAAAUACAGACAGACUCAAUGUUCAUCCGCGCUUAUAUAGGAGUAGAUCCUUUUUGCAAGAAAAGGAAGGAGUAGCACAAGUUGAAGACGCAGGUGAAGAGAGCGAAAUGAACAACUUAGAGUCUGACGCCGACUUGGAUGACCGAUUUAUCAUUCAGGAGUCUCUAAAUUUGUUUGAGUGGCCUGCAAUAUGCGCUCAGGUAGCCCAGUUUGCCUCAACUCCUAUGGGCACGAUAAUUGCCUUAGAUGGAAAUCUGACUGUUGGAUCCACGCAAGCUCAAAGCGAGGAACUGUUGGAUCAAACUGCAGCUGCUUUUGCUUUGAGUAAACCUCUUUAUUUCUCAGGCAUCGAAAACCUCCAGGGUAUUGUUGGAGAUGCGCUAUCAGGCAACGUCUGCGGAAUCAAGGAUCUCAGUUGCAUAAGAUCAACCCUUUUAGGUGUUCAAAAGGUCUAUGAUCAAUUGUGUUGUCCAUCUCCUGAGUCCAGUAAUGAAAAUAUCUUAGCUCUACAGGCUCUCAUUUCAGAUUGUGAUUUGUGUUCUGAUUUGGUGGAGGAAAUUGAGCAUUGUGUGGAUAGUACGCUAGAGACCGUUCUCGACAGGGCAAGCCCGGCUUUGGCAAGUGCAAGACUCAGCAGAAAAGAGAACGUUAAGGCUCUCGACUCACUACUGAAAGAAACGGCAGUGUGGGUUGUUCAACAAGGCGGCAUGGAUUCUGUUGUUAUCACCCGGCGAAGAGCCCGUUCAUGUAUUGCAGUGAGGUCCUCUCAUAAGAAUCUACUUCCCGGCGGAAUAACUCUGGACGUUAGCAACACGGGCACAACUUCCUUCAUGGAGCCAGAACCUGCGUUGAAGUUGAAUAACGAGGAAAUGAGACUUGCUGGUGUAGAGAAGGCCGAAGAGCUAGCAGUCCUAGAAAUGUUGACAAGGAAGUUCGUAGAUAAAGCGGAGGUAAUAAUGGACCUUAUGGGAAGGAUUACAAUGAUAGACCUUGCUUGUGCCAAGGCCUCUCAUGCGAAGUGGUUGGGGUCUGUUAGACCUUUCUUCCAUGAUUCAGAUGAAUCAGAUUUACUAGAUGAUUCCUUUAUGGUUGAUAUUGAAGGGAUUCGACAUCCACUUCUUCUCGGGUCUACAAGCAAGUUGCCAGUCUCUGACAGGAUCGGAGUUCUCCAGUCUACGUCAAUGUCGAGACCUCAUGUGACAAGUUCAAAUAUGAAGGAGAAUUCCAGAACUGCAUCCACAUUGAAACCUCCUGUUCCAGUUGAUAUCAAGGUGAAGGCGAAAGUUAAAGUUGUAACUAUAACCGGACCCAACACUGGUGGAAAGACUGCAACUCUGAAGACUCUGGGAGUAGCUAUCCUGAUGGCGAAGGCUGGGUUGUUCCUCCCAGCUGUAGGUCAACCGAAGGUUCCCUGGUUUGACCAUGUUUUAGCCGACGUCGGAGAUGAACAGUCACUCGAGCGAAGCUUAUCAACUUUUAGCGGUCACAUUCGUCGUCUCCGACGCAUUCUAGAGAUUUGUACUUCUCGGUCUCUGGUUCUGCUGGAUGAGGUCGGAGGCGGUACAGAUCCAACAGAGGGUGCAGCUUUGGCCACUGCCAUCUUGCGACACCUAUCUCUGAAAGUGAGACUGUGUAUUGCCACCACACACAGUGCAGAACUUAAGGACUUGAAGGCUAAGGAUACAAGAUUUGAAAAUGCCUCGGUUGAGUUUGAUAUCAAAACGUUGAGACCCACGUACAAAGUGUUAUGGGGGGUUGCUGGACAGUCCAAUGCCUUAGACAUUGCGGAAUCUCUGGGUUUCGACAAGGCCGUCCUAAUUCGUGCAAGAGAACUUCUGGUGAAGAUGAAACCUUCACAACUUGGGGUUCGCACGGUGGAGCUACUUGUGCCUCUUGUGAAGCAGCGAGAUGAUCUGGUUGAACGUGCUAGAGUAGCAUUUGACGUUCUUCGAAAUGCUAAAGAAUUACACAAUGAGUUAAGUGCAGCAGCUGUCAAUUUGCCCAAGCGAGAAAAUGCCUCUAAAAGGAUGCUAGCACAGGUGGUUGAGGACGAAAUUGUUAAAUGUAAGCUUGAAAUCGAACAGGCAGUGGAGACGUUUCAAGAAAACUUUGAAACAGAUAAUGCCCUAUCAAUCAGAGACGUACAUGCCGAAAUAGUCUCUAUCGUUGAGAAGUAUACGUCUGAGAAGGGGCAAAGCACAGCCCUGGAUUUCUUACCCCCAGCAGUCAGCACUCCUAAAGGAAUCGCCCAAGAAGCUGAAUCGCUGACGGUAGGCGAAUUGGUCCUCGUUAGGAGAUUAAGUAAGACUCCAGUUACUGUGGUUGAAAUUCCAGAGAGAAGUGAGUACGUGACGGUGCAGCUGGGUAGCCUGAAUAUGCAGGUGAAACUGAACGAGGUGAUAAAAAUUCGGAGUGCUGGAUCUGUUUCUGGGUCAAAGUCGACUGAGCAGGUAACAAACAAAACGAGACCCAACAGACAAACAAGAAAUCAAGAGGAUGGAGCAGGAACGUCAGAUUUAGAUAAAUUCCAAGUUGCGGUGCAAACAUCAAAGAACACUUUGGAUCUUCGAGGCAUGAGGGUUGAGGAAGCCAUGCGAGAGCUUAAUAUGACACUUUCGACCAAAAGCCCAGGGUCAGUGUUGUUCGUCGUUCAUGGGGUCGGUACUGGUGCAGUCAAGGAGGCUUCCUUGCAGACGUUGCGAAAGCAUCCGUAUGUGGCCAGAUUUGAAGAGGAGAGCAGAACAAACGAUGGUUGUACAAUUGUUUAUAUCAAGUAGCAUUGUCUCUGGUCAAUUAUCAUAUCUAAUUUAGUUGCCUAACCUUUGUUUCACGAGUAUUAAAGCGCACUGAAAGCUGGAAGUUUCUUGCUACCUAGCUGAUAUUGGACACUAUGAAGAAAGUGAAAGAGCGCUUGAAUUCAGCGAUCUGACC